AUAACUAGAAUCGGGAGAUAAUAAAUUGGCGAUCUUCCCGCUAAUUCGACGCCAUUUUAGCCCACUGCAGUAAUAUCAAGUCUCUCACGAGUCGCAAUGUCAGCAGAACAAGAAAUUUCUACUGAUUCCUCUUCAAUUCUCCUUCCUAUUCGACGAUGCCUUGAAUCCUUCUCCAAGGCAGUUGAAGCUGGUGAUUCCCGCCGAUCAGAAGAAUCUAUUUCUGAGCUUGAUGAAUAUCUUGACUCAAAUUUUCAUCCGGCUUUUUCCGAUCCCAACGAUGAAGAAAUCCAAAGUAAUUGUGUUUUGGCUGUCCAUCAUAUUCGUUCUUUCCUAACAAAUCCAUCUCUUGAUCAGGCUAUUGUUGAUGCCCUUUCGUUUGAGUUGCCUAAAGUUGUUGCCAAGCUUGCAGGAACGUCCCAGAGGUGUUCUGAUGUAGUUGAUAGUAUUAUCAAUCAUUUUAUCAUAAAAUGUAGCCCGCGUGAUAUGAUUUCCGUGUUCUCCGAGGCAUUGGAUCUCUAUGGCAAAACAACUGAUUCUCCUGGUUAUGUUUCUGCUAUUUUACGUGGAUUCUCAACAGCAUUUCUCUCCCUAGAAAGACGUCAAGUUGAGCAAAUAAAAGUUGCUCUUCCCAUUCUCCUGAAUGCCGUGAAGGCUGCUGCCAUUGAUGUGGAUGAUAGAGAUAUAGACUCUGAGAAUUUGUUUGAAGGAGCAGUCUGCAUUGCCGAUUCUAUAUUGGAAAUUUGCAAAAAGUUGGAAGUUGGAACAAAUGGACAACUUUGUGGUUUACUUCGAUUAUAUGUUUUGGAAAUGAUGACUGUUGUUUCGAUUGUCACGAGAGAUAAUGUUUCAUCCCAUCUUUCCGUUGUGAAAAGAUUAUCAAGCUUCUUUACAUAUUGUGGUUUAUCAUAUGCUGAUCUUUUAACUAAUCAUGGAGCUGAUCCACUUAUCAAUCUUAAAUGUGAUGAAACUGAUGAUUUGAUGGAUUGUUUUGGCUAUGCCAAGCAUGGAGCAGUGCUUUCAGUGAUUUGGGGGCACAUAUCUGAUGAAGUCGCUCAGGCAGCUGGACAAGAUGAAAGUAUUCUCAAGGAUGAACUUAGGAGUUCCCAAAGUAGAAGAUGGUUAGCUGUUGGGAUGAUGAAGUAUAUAUUUUCUUUAUCCAACCUGCCUUGUGUUUUAAAGAAGCAUGCGGCAGACUUCUUGCUUGUCAUAACGGAAAACUGUGACCAACAAGAUAUGGAUGAAGAAAUGAUAUGCUCAAUCUUUACACCCCAUGUUAUUUCUACUCUGCAGGCUAUUAUAUCCGUCAUCACGAAUGCUCCUGAUGCUGAGUUAAGAAAGACUGCUUUUGCUGCAUUGAAAAGGGUACUUGCUGAUAAUCCAUCUUCAUUAAGGCUUGACAUGAUGCACGUUUUGAUUAAAACUAGCACUUCUUCAUCCAUGGUGGCCUUACUUUUAGAUUGCAUUAGAGAGAACCUUCGAGAAGAUCAUAUUAAACUGCGAGAAGAGAAAGUAUUAUCUUGUAGUAGUACUUUUUGGAACGCUAGCAUACUUAACCUGGUGGAGUUUGUUUUGUUGCCUCCUGAUGGAGGACCUCCUUCUCUCCCUGAGCAAUGUGACAAGGUUCAUUCAGCUCUUAACCUGUACAGAUAUGUUCUAAUAACUGAGAAAACAGGGAAAACGAACUACACAGGAGUACUGUCUAAAAGCAACUUAGAGAAGGCCUACAAAAAAUGGUUUUUGCCUCUCAGAGCUUUGUUGAUACAUAAAGAGAACACGAGCGCUUUCCAGGAACCUGUGAUCAACAUAUGGAGCGGAUUAAACCCUCUCAAUCUCGUUUUGUAUCGCUGUAUAGAACUGGUUGAGGAGAACAUCAAGCAAUCAUGAAGGUAAUAUUUUCUAGUGCUAUGAAUCAUGAUAAUGUUGUCUAGUUUUCUCACUAAUUUUGUAAUAUAGACUAGUUUUCAAAAUCUUACUCAUUUUAGUCUCUGUUAUAUUCUUAUUUGAGUUGACUUCUGAAAUUUCAAAAUCUCAAUUGAGAACAUCCAUGGAUAUUGAAUGGCCCUUUUGGUUAAAUUUUGAGUUUAUAAGAUGUGAAGGUCAAUUGAUUUUGUCCCUUUUGGUUAGAUUUUGUAUCCAUUUAGUUGGCAUAUUUAUUCUGUUUUAUUUUUUUUAUUAAUAUUGUAUUUUAGAUGGAUUUGCUAUGCUAAUUAUAAACAUUCCUUAAUUAGGAAAGUAAAAAGACUAAGAAAAUUUUUGUUAUGAAGUCAAGACGAGUCAGAAAUUGUUUCUUUAUUAGUAUAUUACUAUAGUACUCUUUUUCUUUGAGUUUGUCUUAUUUAACUAUUUUCUGUGAGAGCUUUUUUGAACAAAUGAGAUAAAUUCUAAUAUCAAACUUUGUAGAAGUACUUUUGAAUUAUGAAUAAUUGGAGAUUAAAAAUUGUAUUUGUACUAGUGCAUUGAAAGUAUGCAAAAACAAGCAAGACACUUUAAAUAGGUGGAUAAGUGGGGGUCAUAUGUUUCAAACAUCAAGCCCAUCCAUAAGACCAAUGAUCCAUCGAAUGAUCAUUUCCGCACCUUACUUUUCACUCUUCACUCGUCUUCUAUUCGACUUAUUUGUAUCAUUUUGGUAAAAGAAAAUUAUAUUAUAAUUUGAAAUGAUAUAAAAUAGUGAAAAAAAACUCUCACAAUGAUAGUGGCAACAUAAACAAUAGUGUAUAUAUUAUGAGCUGUGCUCUAAUUUAUUUUUGUCAUAUGUGGAUAAGAUGUUUGUAUGAAAAAAAGAUAGAAGUAAUAUGUAACCACUAUAAAAUAGAUACUUUACUUGGCCUCCUAUUUAAUUUACAUCUCUCUAAAAAUAUGUAAAUAUUUAAAAUUAAUUAAUAAAUAAGACAAAUAAUAAGUAAAUAGAAAAUAUAUAGAUAUGAUUAGAAAAUAUAAUGUGGACCAUAACUA